CGGCGGGCUUUGCAGAGCUCUCGCCUGCCUGCCGCCGGAGCGCAGACAGCAUCCCAUAGCGGACUGGAUCCGUACGGGCUAAUUGUUUAAUUUAUCAGCCUCGUUAGCAGCUUCACCGUCUCACCGGAGCGCAGGCAGACCCGAGGAGCGGUUGGCUUCGUCACACGUGGGAUUCACCUGCCUGGAAGGCGAGAAAGUCUAUCAGACGCAGAUGACAUGGUGACAGUCCCUCGCGGCGAUGGAGAAACAAAUAAGGCAGCCUGGAUGAGGAGUUGGGUGUUUUUAGGUUUUUUUGUACUAUUUCUCCAAAAACCUGUCCUUCUUUUGGACUCUUCUGCUCCUGGACUGCAACUGUGGACGGACUUCAAAGAGAGAUUCGUGCAGUUUUGCAGCUACUGAAGAGACUAAGUCAAAAGUCUGUUCCCAGGUUUGGAAACGGAUCGCCACCUUUGCAAAGAACGCAAGUAGAACUGUGCCGUCAGAAAGCUGUUAGAUCAUGUUUGGUCAUGAUUCAAUUUCUUGAAAUUAAGGCAUUUGUAGUGAAAACAAUCGACAAAGGCAAAGAGAAUGCUGAAUGCUGGGAUGAAGCUCGAUUAGUUGUGGUGUUCCUGUGGACGAUGGAUGAACUUUCCGAUUCCUGUUUGAGUUUCGGACCAAAUUUCCUGUGAAAAUUGAUCGUCCAGGCAAGCAUGGACUCUCUGCAAAACCGUCCCACCGACUGGAGCUCGGCGGAUCCCAGCUUUUCCCCGUUCCAGGAAAGACUCAACGCCAGCGGGGCCCUCAUGCUGCCGCCCCCGGCGCAGUCCGCCCCGGGCUAUACCCUCCCGUCCCUCAACGAGCUGGCCGACCUAGAGAGCAUGCUGCUGUGGACGCUGCACGAGCCCAGCACCAUCGCCCUGAUGCUCAUGUACUGCCUGUCCUUCGUUCUGGGCUUCGUGGGCAACCUGAUGUCCCUGCGCGUCCUCACCAACAGACGCAGCCGGCGGCUGGCGGGCAUCAGCGCCACCCGCACCCUGCUGGUUAACCUGGCCGUGUGCGACCUGGCCGUGGUGUGCGUGUGCAUGCCCAUCACGCUGGCCAGUCAGAUCUACACCGCCUGGGUUUACGGGGACCUCCUGUGUCGAGCCGUGCCCUUCACGCAAGCCGUCUCCGUGUCGGCCAGCGUUCUGACGCUGACCGUCAUCAGCGUCAACCGUUACUACAGCGUCCGCUCGCCGCUGAGGGCCCGCUCCAUGUUCACACGUCGACGCAUCCUGGCAACGGUCGGCGUGGUGUGGGCCGUAUCGUCCCUGAUCUGCGCCCCCAUCGCUGUGAUGAACCGGCGGCGCGAGAUCAGCUUUGGGACCUUCGCCAUCUUGGUUUGUCAGGAGGAGUGGCCUAAGCCUCGACUAAAACAAGGAUACAACGUCCUGCUGUUCGCCAUGCUCUACUGCCUGCCCGUCACCUUCAACCUCACCCUGGGAUUCCUGACGGGCCGCCGCCUGUGGGCGGGCAAGAAGUCGGCCUUCGCCGACCUGGACCCCCGCAGCCGGGCGCUCCACGCCUCGCGGCUGAAGACGCGGCAGAAGAUCGCCAAGAUGGUGGUGUGUCUGGUGCUGCUUUUCGCCACCUCCUGGCUGCCGCUCUACUUGGCCGACCUCUGGAUCGACCGCGAGCAAAGGCCGCCGCCUUGGCUGCUGCAGACGCGGCCGUUCGCCCAGUGGCUCGGCCUGACCAACUCCAGCCUCAACCCCAUCUGCUACUGCUUCAUCGGCGACCUGUACCGCUCGGCCCGGGUGAUCCGGACGCGCUACUACCAGAAGGUGGCGACCCUCUUCGGCACCACGUCUUUCUCCAGCUCGGUGUCGCCGGCGGCCGCCGUACCCAUCGCCGCCAUAGGGGCGGACAGCAAAGCGGGCGCCUCCGAGCGAGGCCACAUCUCCGCCGUGGCCGUGUCCGCCUCCAUGGCGACCAUCCCUUGCUUGCUGAGCUUGGCGCGGGGUCGGGGACCGGCCCGGUUGGGAUCGGAGCACAGCAUCUCGGACUGGUGCCGCUCCGGUCCGAGCGUGGGCGACAGCGGCGCCUUGUUUCCUCGCCCCGUACACACGCCAGACCUGGCCGCGCAGAGACAAGACUUACUCCCCGCCAGGAGACACUCGGCCAACGAGAACUUCGGCACGCUGCCUACGAGAGACGGGCAGGAUGCGGCGCCGGCGAGGAGGCACUCGGGGGGCAGGCUAUCUGCAGAGUGCGACGAUAACAAAGAAAUCAUUAUCGGCGGCUUUUAUUAUGACGGCCGGCGCUCGAGCGAAAACUAAUCUGGCCGCUCACGAACCUUAAAUCCCUCAUGCACACACAAGCUCGGGUGACGUGUCGUCUGCCCGCUUCCUGCCAUCCUGACCACAACCACCCCCCCAACCCCCCCGUGGCGAGCUUUAUUGGCGGGGGUGGCACUUCUCCGCACUAAAGCAGCAGCCCGCCACUCUUUAGUGACAAUAAUAGGACGGCGGCCGCUUGGCGAGUCGCACUUUCACGUUUCUCUUUGCUCUCCACACCAAAGACCGAGACACUUUUUUUUUUUUCUCCCUUCCGUCACGCCAUUAGCAGUCUGGUCCGCUUUUACUUGCAAGGUGGGACGCUUCCUUCACCGGCUCGCUCGGGGGCCGGGGUGUUCCAAAGAGUGGAACCUCGAUUUACGAAGUUAAAGGGUUCUUCAACGUUGUUCGUAAACUGAAAGGUUGGUAGAGUGGAGCAGAGUUUGCCUUAAGAAAUAAUGUAAACAUAAUUGGUUGUCACCUCCACAAAAUACCACAUUUUAGUAAAAAAUGCACACUACAAAGACA